UGACCCAAACAAGAAAACGUUCAUCAUUUUUUAAAAGUGGAAUAGGCUUUGGAGGUUUCUUAAGAAUCUUCGAUAGCUUUUAAAAGGGUUGUGAAAAUGGUUUCAAUUUUUCAACUUUAGUCUCAAAAUUUUGAUUUCAAAGGAGUAAAUUUAUGUUUAAUUUCUUUCUGUAAAUCUUUAUAAAUAAUUCUAAGAACCGGGUCACGAGAACGUUGAUAUUGACGUCUGCAGACAUUUUUCAAACGAAUUAGAAGUUGAAGACUUUCGUCAAUUAUUGGUGAAUCAAAUUUCACUUGAGCUUUUGGAACAGAAUAGUUCCUGGCAUCAACAAUUGCACAUUUUAAUGCUUCCAAAGCGGAAUCAAUAUUCACUUCGUUUUGUAAAUCAAGCUCAUUAUUGAAAUUACUCUUAAUAUGAGUUUUAUGUCUUUCCCAAUUAGCCUUGUUUAAUUAUAAAACAGAGCUCAUAGGGUUUAAAACUGAUUCAUGUGAUAAAGAAAAAGUUAUUGGAAGAUGGUCAGAAUCAUAGUCAGCAUGUGUGAUCAAAUCACUACAUACAUGACUUUGAUCUGUUAGCACCAAAUCAAUUGUUGAAGGGUUUCUUACAGAAGAAAAGCAUGUAGGACUAUUCGGAGACAAAAUAGAAUAGUAUCCUAAAGAACAAUCAUUGAAUAAAAUUUUGCCAUUGGAAUUACUUUGAGAAUCAUUUCAUGAACGAUGUUUAGCGUUAAAAUCGCCGAUUAUAAAAAAAUUCGAACGAUUUCUGGUGAGUUUUUGUAAAUCACCUUUAAAAUAAUUUUUGUGCUCGCGUGUGCAUUGAAAUGGUAAAUAUGCUGCGGCAAUAAAUAAAAUCCCAAGUUCAGUUUGAACUUCAAUUCCCAAAGUUUCAAUAACUUUCGUCUCAAGAUGGGGAAGAGCACGAUGUUUGAUUCGGCGAUGAAUAACAAUUGCAACUCCACCGCCGGAACCCUGAAUCCUAUCAUGUCUAUGAACCACGUGAUUGGGAUCAUAUUUUAAGUUCAUGUUAGGUUUCAAAAAUGUUUCAGUAAUAAUUGCAAUAUGCACAUUAUUUACUUUUAAAAAAUUAAAAAGCUCAUUCUCAUUGGCCUUCAAUGAGCGAGCAUUCCAGUUUAAUAUUUUAAUUGUUUUAUUUAAAAUCAUUGCUAAAUUUUAAAUUAGAAACAAUUUUAAGUGUAAAAGUUGUUCCAAUUUGAAUUGCUUCAAACAUGGAAUCCUGCCUGCAACAUGGCGUUCAUAAGAUCGAACAUUGUCUUUUGCAGAAAAGAAAGUUUACUUGCCAUAAUAUGCCCCAAGCAGUUGACAUUAGAAAAAAUAUUGUCGGUAGCAAUAUUAGCUGGGUGUAUUUUUGUUUUCUACUGGUUUUUGUUUACCCCCACAUUAAUCUUCGAACUACCUGUUACCUGUGCAUACGUUAAACGGGUAUGCAAAGGAGUAAAAAAUGAGGCGGGCGGAUAUCGCACGUACCGCAUUGGGUGAUGUGCUUCUGGCCUCCGCUUAACUUCCUAUAAAUUUUCCAUUUUACACGCACAUUAUAUAAAGCAUGUGCUUUUUCAAAAAAAAAAAAAUUUGUACAUCUUGUCAGUUAGAUACUGAACAAGACGAUCACGACCCUUUAUUGAGUCGGCCAAUAAGCGGCAUUUGCCUCUACGGCCAAUUUGAUAGGUAACCCAAGCAACAAUUAAAACAUAAUAAAAAAAUAAAUUGUGAUCAUUUGUUGCACUAAAAAAAAUUCUGAGGUUUCAAGAAACAUCUUUUGUGACUACGAUGAAAUUGUAAAGAUAUAAGCAACAACUAAUGUUGCAUCGUUGCUACAAAAACUUUACACCAACAACGUAAUUCGCGAUGUUGGGUUUGUUGUUGAAACGAGUAAACCUAAUCUUCACUGGAUAGAUCUAGUGGGCGGAGCAUAAAAGUUGCCAGCGUGAUGCUUGCGAGAUACACAAAACAAUACUUCUGAAAGUUGCUGUCAUGUUCGCAAGCUAUACAACAACAGCUUUUGUUCAAUCGUUCGCCAGCGCUUUUUUUGUCAUUGUAAAGGAAACUGAAAUGUAGCUGCAACUUAGUUUCGCUAAGAAUUUGUGGCAGUGAUACACAAUGUUCAUAAUUGAAACAAAUUUUGCUACUUGGGAACUUUAACGUCAGAAACAAACGAUGAAAGUUCUUUUUUGAAAAUAUUAAGUUCAGAAGAAAUAGUUACCACAAUAGGUGAAACUUUCUCCUUUUUAAAAGAAUUGACAUUUCGUAUAGUUUCUUUGGUAAUAACUUCCAUUUCACCGGCUUCUUGCUCAGGUAAAAUAUCAAAAAGGUUUUCGCUGCAGACACUCGAAUUGUCCGAGAGAGAAUGCUCUCUCUUCCUCCUCGUAGUGAUGCGCGGUUUCUUUUUUCGCCCUGUCAUUUCAGGUUAUACGAAAAAGUUAACAAAUGUUAAAUUCAAAAGUGAUAAAGACUGAUGUGAAAUAACUUUCAGGUAGUCUUUAAAAGACGCACUGACGAAACACAAACUUUGCAGCUAUAGGCAGUCAAAGACCAGUCCACAAGCGCCCGAAAACACGUCUGAUCUGUAGGACAGUUCAAGACGCGCGCGAGGUAUAGUUAAAAAUAUCCAUUGUGAGUUAAAAAGAGGUGUGAAACUUGUUUGCUACUUUCGACAAAAAGUAGAACGAUUUGUGUAGGCUUGGGGCAGGACUACGGAUGGUAUGCCGAAUUGUUGACUGUGAAAUAUCGUACGGGUCAGCAUUAAGACGUAACUGCCAAAAUUAUCGCAAUACUAAGCUGCUCUAUACCAACGGUACACAAUUGUACGGAGGGAUGGUGCUGCAGAUGUGAUUUCGGCUUCUGUGCCGUGAGGGCAUGCUUUCAAUCGAUCAAUCGAUCGCUGUCAAUGGUUAGGGUACAACGAGACACCGACAAAAAGCAAGCGGAAGAUCUACUCUUUGAAAUGUUCAGAAAUGAAGAAACCGGGCUGUUGAGUAUCGGGAAGUUUUUAGCGGCUCUUCGCACUACCGGCAUCCGCCGCAACGAUCCGCGCAUAAGUGAAAUGAUGGAAAAUUUGAAGAAGAUUCAUAAACUUAACAACUACGACGGAGGUUCUCCCCUGACGCAGCAUCUUAACGCGGAAACGUUCAAAGCCGUCAUUGCGCCCAACAUCGUCCUCAUUGCACGUGCCUUCCGGCAUCAGUUCGUCAUCCCAGAUUUCAACGGUUUUACGAAGGACAUUGAAGAUAUAUACUGGAAGUGUAAAAGCAACACCGAUGGUAAGGUGGCAAGCUACAUUCCACAGUUGGCGCGUGUCAAUCCCGACUACUGGGGUGUAAGCAUAUGCACCAUUGAUGGUCAAAGAUUUUCGAUUGGUGAUUCUAGCGUUCCUUUCACGCUGCAAAGUUGCAGUAAACCACUUACUUAUAUUAUUGCCUUAGAGAAGUUAGGCUCGGAUGUGGUUCAUCAGUACGUUGGCCAGGAACCAAGCGGAAGGAAUUUCAAUGAGCUCGUACUGGAUCACAACAAAAAACCACAUAAUCCGAUGAUUAACGCUGGAUCGAUAUUGACUUGUUCGCUGCUGAAAACUUUAGUGCACCCGGAAAUGACUUUGGCUGAAAAGUUUGACUAUACACAGUCAUGGUUUAGUCGUAUGGCAGGAGGAGAGCCGUUGGGUUUCAACAAUGCAGUGUUCUUAUCGGAACGGGAAGCCGCUGACCGAAACUACGCGUUGGGAUUCUACAUGCGGGAACAUAAGUGUUAUCCCGAAAAGGCAAACUUACGAGAGUGCAUGGAUUUUUAUUUCCAAUGUUGUUCAAUGGAAGCGAACUGCGAAACACUUUCCAUUGUAGCUUCUACACUUGCUAAUGGAGGCAUCUGUCCGCUAACGGAGGAAAAAGUUGUACAAUCAGAAAACGUCCGAGAUGUCCUUUCGCUAAUGCACUCCUGUGGAAUGUACGAUUUCUCUGGACAAUUUGCCUUUAAAGUAGGACUGCCAGCCAAAUCAGGAGUAUGCGGUGGGGUAAUGUUGGUAAUACCGAAUGUUAUGGGUAUAUUCAUGUGGUCUCCACCACUAGACCCUCUUGGAAAUAGUUGCAGAGGCGUACAGUUUUGCGAAGAACUAGUAAACAUAUUCAAUUUUCACCUAUACGAUAAUCUGAAGCACGAUUCCAACAAAAGGGACCCCCGUCGGCAUCGUUAUGAAACUAAAGGUUUAUCGGUAGUCAAUUUGCUUUUCUCGGCUGCUAGUGGCGAUGUGACUGCAUUAAGGCGACACAAACUGUCCGGAAUGGAUAUCACUCUGUCGGACUACGAUGGUCGAACAGCACUUCAUCUGGCGUGCUCGGAAGGACAUCUCGAGUGCGUAAAAUUCCUGCUGGAGCAUUGUGGGGUGCCACAUGAUGCCAAAGAUCGCUGGGGAAACCGACCGAUCGAUGAGGCUGAAACUUUCGGCCAUGAGGAGGUGGCAAGCUUUCUCAAAGAAUGGGACGAAAAGGUGGAGAUGGUCAAAAAGAUGGGGAACGAUCCAGGGUAUAAUUCCGACCAGGAUAGUCUGAAAAGUGAUUCAUCUGAUUCGUCGGUAGGGAGCAAAUCCAAGCACAAUACUGAUAUUCUAAAAUAAUAUGCAGGCAUUCAGCGGUGUAACAUGUUUUAAACAUAAACUAAAUUCAUUGUAACGUAUUCAUCACAUUAGGUUACAACAUAGUUUUAAAUUUACUAUCAAAGUAAGACUGUUACUGAUUAUAGAUGAAAAGCAGACAAUAAAAAUACAAAGCAUAUAUACGUAAUAGUUUAAUUUGUAUAUUAGCUGAUAAUUUGCGAGGCAAUUCAACGAGAUAAUAUAGAAUUGGCACCAUUGAGCUGUCAAUCCGAAAUAAUUUAUUGAAGAUUUUAUUGAUAGGACGCAAGUAAAAUUAUCAAACUAAUAUAUAGACAAUAAUCAGAAAUAAUAAUCUGUUAAUCUGAUCUGUUUGAAAAAUCUGUCCAUUCACUCUGGCAAUGAGUAUAUUACGCAAGGUAUUGUCAAUUAUGAAGCUAGUUAUAUUGCAAUGUGUUUAGUGAAAUCUGUAGUUAAUGUAUUUGAAACAAAUGUAAAGUGUUGACCACUCAAAUAAAAUGUUGCUGAAUCCAGAA